AUGAACGUUGCAGUGCCUCUCGAAGGUACCUCUACCGUAGAACCAGUUACGUGUCCUAUUUCGGACGGCCCCUAUCUAGGUCCCAAUGACGUCAUUGAUACUCCUAUCAAACGGGACAGUUCUACCAUGCUGCCCUUUACGACUCUAACACGAUGCCGGCUCGAAACUAUCAAUGCUAUGGGUAAAGAGAUGAAAGGGUACUUCGUCGGCCCGAUGCCAGCUGGGGACUUUCUCCAGGAAUUUUUACCAACUUCUCAGAUUCCCGAUUAUGAUCCUUCGUCCUUCACUUCAGCCUUCGCUGUUGGCGCAUUCAACCGCACGGUCUCUGUUAGAAAUGAGGAACAUGCUUACACACCCUUCAUUAACGCCAUCAAACCUUUCGCUCCUCAACUGUCGUUUGUCGACACUCACAAAUACGAAGACACGAAAAACUGUUCGAAAUUAAAUUCAAAGGUAUUCAACAUUAAGCCGGACGUCUGCGUGUAUCCCGAUGGAUGCGAACCUUCAUCUCCCAACUGUGAUGUUUCUACCACAGAAAUCAUCAUAGAAUUCAAAUGGUCACCCUCACACGACGCAUUCCGUCAACCUGGAGCUGAUAGCCUCGUGUCCCAGACGGAGAAGGGUAUGGACACCCUGGGACAAAUAACGAGUUAUACUGCAGCUCAGCUCGGCACCCAGUUCCGUACCCACGUAUUCUCUGUCCUAAUCGUGCGUGAUCGCGCUCGGAUCAUCAGAUGGGAUAGGGAGGGGGCUAUCGUCACCAGCCCCAUCGACUACAAUAACGAGCCACACUUGGCUGACUUCUUCUAUCGUUACGCACGGGCAUCGCCUGAAAUGCGUGGUGUUGAUACUUCCGUCACGCUUGCUGGCGACGAGGAGGCCGACCUCGCAAGGUCACGGCUAAAUAUCCCCAGUACCACUCGUAUGUUCAAAGUCGAUGUCCCUCAUGUCGAGGGCUCUGGCUCGGUGACAUUGGUCUUUCCCCAACCUGUUAUGAAACCUCACUCGCCUGUUGGCCGCUGGACACGCGCAUGUCCGGCAUUCGAUCUUGUCAACAAGAAGCUCGUGAUGCUCAAGGACUCUUGGCGGGUAUCAUUACCCGAUGUCUUACCGGAAGGCGAAACGUACAAGUUAUUGAUGUCGAAAAAAGUUGCCCAUAUUCCAAAGUGUAUUGCAUAUCAUGAUGUACCCCCCUCUAUCGCUCAGCAAUCUACUCAAACUGCCAAGUUCGGCAGUGCUGAAUGGGCACUUCCCCACUUGCCUCUCACUCCGCACACUCAUCACCGUCUGGCCCUCGAUAUUGUGGGCAAAAAUUUGACCGAGUUUGAGAGUUCUCAUCAACUCGUUUCGUCUGUGCGUGAUGCACUGAUUGCUCACAAGGAUGCAUUUGAACUCGCGAAGGUGCUCCAUCGAGACCUCAGUGUUGGAAACGUCGUCAUCUACAAAGGGAAGGGCUACCUGAUUGACUGGGACCUCGCAAAGUUGGGAACUUGGCAAUUCAUGUCUGCAUACCUCGUCGAGCAUAAAUAUGCCAUACACUCGGUCAAGGAUGACCUUGAGUCCAGUUUUUACGUCGUUCUGUGGACGACUCUUAAGUACAAGGAGACGUACAUGGACAUCGUUCGCCGGACAUCACUCAUAACACAGGUCUUCGAAACCAAUCCCGGAUCAUCCUCGAAAGCAGAUUGGCUCAUCGGGAGAAGCAAUCUUCCCAAUCUUAUUCUCAUCCAUGCACUCGCUGAGUUCUUCUCGCAUCGGUACACGCGGGUCACUGAGCAUCAGCAGACGGUAUAUAAUAAAUUCCGGCUCGCACACGAGAAAGCGACGCGAAAUGUCCCUGUCGUACAAGACCUGUUGGCAGCUUCAUAUGCGCUCAUGACGGACUCCCCUGUUUACCAGAAGGAGAUAGACUCUGCCGUUCUGCAAAAACUCAAGUCGGAAGAGAAGUACGAACCAGUCUUGGUCACGAAGUCCCAGUCGUUAUUUGCCUCAGGGGUAGAAAUCACAGUGUCUGGCAAGCGGCGUAGGCUAGAUAAUGCGGACGAUGAUGGUGAUGAUCUCAGCUCGAUAGCUGACCUGGAUGCACUUACGUCCCUUACUUAA